AUCAAGAUAUCUCUACUACAUGAAGACCCCAAUUCAGAGCACCACAUGCUGGCGUGUAAUGUGAAUGGUUUCUACCCAUCUGAGAUAGAAGUAAGAUGGUACCGGAAUGAUGUGGAGGAAACCGCUCAGGUUCAGUCUACAGACAUCUUUCAAAACGGAGAUUGGACCUUCCAGGUCCUGGUGAUGCUAGAGACAAAGAUAAAAAAAGGAGAUACCUUCACCUGUGAGGUCUUUCACAGCAGCCUGGAGACACCAACCAGAAUUGAUUGGCACCCCCAGGAAUCAGAAUCAGCAAGAAACAAGGUGGCAACUGGAAUUGUGGGAUUUGUGCUGGGAACCAUACUUAUCAUUGGCGGUGUGGUUGUCUAUCUGAGAGGUCGCAAAGCCCAAAUGACAUUCCGUGGACCCCAGGCUGAACGU